AUGAAAAGCCCCCGAAUAUUGGAGGCAUACGACAUCCUGGGUAUCAUUGGACAUGGGCCAUAUGCUACUGUCUUCAAGUGCAGACACAAGGCGACAGAAGAGACGCACAUUAUCAAGGAAUAUUUGCUUGAUGCAAUUCCUCGGCAGUGCAUCUCUCUCCUCAGGAGGGAAGCAGAUCUACAAGCUCAGGUGCAAAUAGACUCCAUUCUGCAACCGUGCUAUACAUUUGUUGACCAUGACUCUCUCGUGUUGUAUAUCGUACUCCCCUUUCUGGGGGCUAAAACGUUGCAAGCAGCAAUUGAAUCAGCAAAAACAGAUCAGACAUACUUUACAGAAGACGUGGUGUGGAGUACUGCAUACUCCCUACUAACGAUCUUGAAGGACUUAGCCUCUUAUCCACUUCGUGAAGACGACGCCCCCAGUCUGAAGCCUCUUCAUUGCAACCUGAAGCCAACAAAUAUCCUUUUCCUUGACGAAAACCUUUCGAUGGUCCAACUGUGUGACUGUUCAUUUAGCCCCGACUUGCGAUUGACACUCAGUUCAACCAAAAUUGGGCUGAAAGCGCACAAGAGAGAUGCGGACCACCUUUAUACAACAGCCUAUAUGGCACCAGAGAUUCUAAAAGAUAAGAAAGCCCACGAAACAUCAGAUAUUUGGUCUUUGGGCUGCAUUCUCUACGAAAUGUGCACUAUGAAGGCACUCGUUUCCGACACACUUGACGCCGCCAGCUCAGAGAGUAUGCUGAGUGCUAUUCUCCCCAUCCGCAAGUUGUACGGUUACUCGGAUGUGUUGAAUGAUUUCCUCAAUCAGAUGCUCACUCAGAACCCAUCUUUGCGGCCUGACUACGAUACUCUUCUUAAUCACAGCAGAAUGCGGGCCCUCAGGGAUAGAAGCUCUGUCGCUCAUCUGCGCGAUAGAGACAGUGGACGGGCCUCUAUUUACUCAGCUACCUCCACCAUGUCCCCUCGGUCGACCCUUUCAACUAACCUGAGUCGGAUACUUCCACUGAAGUCUCGCAUAUCGACACGGACCGUGGAGCUGGCCUGCACAGAUGUUGACGGCUCAUCUGUGCCAGUAUCUGCAGCAGACUCGUUUGUUGUUGCAACUCAGCUGGAGGGCAACUCUACCACGCCACUAAUAGAAGCAGUUAUAGCAAAUGAUAAGGAGCUUCUUAUCGCUAACUUCUCAUACGCAGGACACGUGGAUGAGCAUGGGAAGACCGCCCUGAUGUAUGCUGCAGAGUUGGGCAGAAAUGAGUUCAUCUUAUAUCUACUCCCCUUUGAGAACGGACGUGAAAUAAAUGGCGCCACAGCUCUUCAAUUGGCCAUUGCAGCCGGAAACGAUGAUGGGGCAGAUAUGAUAGCGUAUUACGAAUGUCCUGAAUACAACAAAAUACAAGAUAUAUACAAUGACUGGAUGGAUGGGAAGCAUGGGGCGUUUCAGAAAUCCACAAUCAACGCAACGUUUGUGGGAGGACGGGCGGUUCCAGGAUCUAAAACGCCGACAAUCUCGGUAAUAGUGAGCCCCCUCUCUGUCAGUCGGGCAUCCUCUACACUCGACGAUAGCAUAGAUGCAUCUUUAUCCUCUUCGGUUUCUGUACAAGAAGACCUUAGGUCGCCUCUCGACAUUCUCAGUUCGUCCAUCGAUAUGUCUCUACCUCUGACAAUUUCCCGGUUCACGCCGUCGCAGGAACUAUCUACCUUCAGAGCCUGCGCAUCAGGGCUUCGUGGCUCUCGAGGAUUAAGUUCCAGUGAACUAAAUCUCAUAUUUCGGACGAACUCAACAGGUCUCAUGCAAGCGUGUGCAGCCAAUGACAUUGCACGGGCUUGGUGCCUACGUUUUCAAGCCGGGGCACGGACAGCAGAGGGGAAGACGGCACUGAUGUUCUGUGCUGAGUCUAACUGUAUUCUAAUGGCGCGUGUGCUACUAGAGACAGAAGCCGGUCUUAUUCUCAGGGACGGCACGAGUGCAUAUGAAGUAGCAGUUGCACACGGCCACACAGUCAUAGCAGAAAUUCUUUCUAGAUAUGAGGCAAUCGCAAACAGUGUAAAGCCAUCGCCUAACCCAGUAAUCAAAGCAAGCAUGCUAGGUGACAUCUCCAUAGUUAAUUACUUCAUUCAUCAAUACAGGCAAGCCAUUAAAGUAGGAGACGUGCUGCAAAGAAAGCUAUCACUAGAACUUCUGAGUGGAAGUGCACAGGAUGGAAAGACAGCCUUGAUGUAUGCGGCAGAAUUAGGUAAUGCAGAGGUAGUGCAACUGCUUCGAAUGGUUUUGGCACGGUGUCAAAUGACGUCCGACAACCACCUGAAAGGUAGGACUGCGCUCAUGUUCGCAUGCAGGAAGAACCACUUAAAUUGUGUGUUUCCCCUCCUUCAGCUAGAAGCACGGAUGCAGGAUGCACGAGGGUGGACUGCACUUAUGAUGGCUUCUUACCUGGGGUACACACAGAUUAUUAAGGCGCUUCUGGUGUGGGAAAACGGGAUUGUACUAGGAUCAUCGACAGAAUCGUCGGGCGCUACUGCUCUGAUGCUUGCUGCAGAGGCUGGAAAUGUCGCGGCAGUCUCUCUUUUGGUGAAUUACGAGUCUCGAAGGCAAAAGGAAAAUGGCUUCACUGCGCUAAUGAUGGCCGCCCAAGAGGGUCACAGCGAAUGCGUUAAGAUCCUGAUGAAGAAAGAGGCAAGAUUAAAUCGAACAGAUGGAUGGACGGCCUUGAUGAGCGCUGUGCAGAGAAAUCGGGUUGAGUGUGUAAAGCUUCUUAUGGCCCACGAAGCCGGGAUGUCAAAAACAAGUGGGUACACAGCGCUGAUGUGUGCGGCACAGUGUGGCUGGGAGCAGUGUGUUCGGAUGCUUCUUCCUCUGGAAUGGCACAUAAUGCACUCCAACGGCCUAACAGCAGAUGCAUUUGCGAAGACAGAUACGCUUCGCCGCGAGAUGAGGCUUUACAUUGAGCUUCAGGAGAAGCGUAAGUAA